GUCGAGAAUUUUUCAGGUUGUUUUUCUAUAUUUACUAAAAAAUAUAUUCGCAAAUAUACACCUCCUGAUAACAAUGAGUUUUUCCCUGAAUUCCUCUGCAAUUCACCGAAAACUGCUAGGAUAAUUGUUAAUUAACUCCACAAUAACAUCAGUCUACAGUAAAUAAUUGAAGUUAAAGGAACAAUUCUUCGAUGGAUUCCUUCGAGAUCGAUUCCAACGCUUCCCUCGAUUCAUUCCACCUCUCCUCCGAGGACUUGAACAUUCCGUCCCCAUAUCCUCACUCCUCAACUCCAGAAUCCCCGAAGAAUCUUCAGGACUUCGAGAAUGGAACGGAAAAACUCCGACUCGCACUCGAGAAUUCCCAAUCAGAGGUCGAUAUCUUGAAAUCCUCCAAUAAUGCCUUGAAGAAAAAAAUCGAAGAGCUCUUCCUCGAGGCUCAAUCCUCCCUGGAGGAUAAGCUCAAGCUCCAAAAUACCUUGAAAGAUCGAGAAUGCCAACUUGCGAUGAUUGAAAAUUCCUCCAAAUGGUACCAGGCACGACUGCACGAGUCAGAGGCUGCGAAUAAAUCAUUGAAGACAAAUCUAGAGGCAUAUCAAAAAAUUCUACAGCAAAGGGAACAAACGAUCGCCGAUUGCAUGGAGCGGUCUGAACAUUAUCAGCAAUUGAAGGUGAAAUUCGAGAGAUUGCAGAUAAAAUAUCAAACGGAAUGUGAAAAUUUCCAGAAGGAAUUGAAAGCCAUAAAAAACGAGAAUUCAUCGAUGAAUUUGUCGAUUUUAAAGAGUCAGGCAUUUACGGAGAAUGAAAUCACUCUAGAUCUCAGGAAGAGGAUCGACGAAAUGUCGAGGGAUCUUGAGAUAGCAGAGAAGAGAUACUUAAAUUCAGAAAUGGCUCGGAGUCUUGAGGAAAAAUGCACAAUGAGCUGUAAGAGACACCUGGAGAAGAUGAGGGAGGAAUUAAAUUCGGUAGAGAUUAAAAAAACUGAAGCCCUGGAGAAUCUCAGGGUCUUGAAGAUCCAAAGUGAAGACCUGAGGAUCGAGAACGAGAGGUUGAACCUCAUCCUGUUGUCCUCAAAGAAGGAGAAAGUCGAGGUGGAGGAGGGAAUCGUUCAUCUCAGACUCCAGCUGACGAAGAUGAUCGCCCAGCACAAGGCAUUAAAAACCAGGAAUCUGGAGGCUGAGAAAAAAUUGCGGAGGUGUGUCGAGAGACUCAGAGAACUAGAGAAAGAGAAUAAGAGGCUCAAAGCCAGGAAUUUUGCUGUCAAUAAUUUUCUGGCGAGAAAAUUUACAGAGGAAAAGAGAAAGUGCCAGGACCUGGCGGGAGUCGUGAAGGACGAGAGUGACGAGAAUACGAAAUCACUUAUUAAUCACCAGAAAGGAGAAACUGUAAAUUCAAUGACAAUUUGCCUUCGGCAGGCCCUGACACGUGAGAGGGAACUGAGAGAUCGCCUGAAGCUGUUGUCAAAACCACUAGAUGAAAGUGUUGAUGAAGGAUAUGCAGACAGUGCGGGGUUCUCUGAAAUAUCCUCACCCUCUCCCCUGAAUUCGGGGUUAAUGGAUUUUGCUGUUAAUUUGUUGAGGAGGAGUCAAAAUUUUAUGUUGCCAAUUAAUUCCAGUCUAAAUGAACUGGAAAGGAAACUUGAGAGACUCAGUGCAACAUCUGAAUCAUUGAGUAUUAAAUGUCGAUGAGAUAAUCCAUUCAUGGGAUUCAGUAUUUAUUACUCAAGUAUUCGAUGAACAAUUGUUUAACUAGUUAAUUAAGGGGUUUAUUUAUUACGAGUGGAGGACUUAUCCACUGUAUUUCGUUGAGUAUUCCCAUCAAUUCAGUAGUAGUAAAAUCGUGGAAAAUGUUUAGAGACGAGUUGGAGAUUAAAUAUUAA